GAGCUAGCGGGGUCCCGGAUUUUCACCGCUUGGGAGUGGUUGAGACUGGCGAGACUGGGUCCCCUGAGUCUGCUCCGUAUGGGAAAUCUUGUGCCGAUGCGGGUGCGGGGUGGUCUGGAGACUGGAGCAGCAUGUGCUGGUGCUGAAAGCCAAUACUCCGUACCAGCACCACAGCUCCAGCUGGCUCCCAAUAUGAAGCAAAGACCUGACUUUCCGGCAGUAACCUAGGAUACAGUACAAGUAGUAGGUUGGCGAAGCAUCGUGUGACUGAGUUCGCUUUCUUCCAGAGGAGUCCAUUUACCGUACCGAGUACUGCCAAUUCUAUCCAUUGGAUCACUUCCGCCGGUACCACCCAUUCUCCCAUUAGCAAUCCCACCCGCUUCGCCCAUUCUUUGAUUGUCUCGUGCUUCGUGGAGCUUCAUAUUCAGCAAGUCAACAAAUCAUUGUCUCCGCCUCCGCCGCCCUGACCCGAGGCCCACCACAUACGUCAAUUGCUCUAGCUCCCUCCUCUCCAUUCAGGGCACAUAACAGCACUUCUCCCCAACGCAACCGCCACGCUCAUAAAGAAACAUUCAAGAUGGCGUCAAACGGAUCCAUGGACUCUUCCGAGAAGAUUAAUACAGAUAUUGUUACCCUGACUCGUUUCCUGACGGAAGAGCAGACAAAACAUAAGGAGGCAACGGGAGAUUUCACGUGUGCUCCCCUUGAACCGCUCAUUUGUUUGCUAUAGCUGAUAGUUAACUCAGUUUGCUGUGCCAUGCUCUCCAAUUUUCCUUCAAAUCGAUCGCCUACUACAUUCGACGUGCAACCCUGAUUAAUCUCACGGGCCUUGCAGGCUCGAGCAAUACUACUGGCGAUGACCAGAAGAAACUCGACGUAAUCGGAAAUGAUGUUUUUAUUGCGGCUAUGCGUUCUUCCGGAAAAUGUGCAGUACUCGUCUCCGAGGAGGAAGAGGAAGCGAUAUUCUUCCCAGAACACAAGAAUGCCCGAUAUGCGGUAGCAUGCGAUCCUAUUGAUGGAUCCUCAAACUUGGACGCAGGUGUUUCCGUGGGCACAAUCUUUGCCAUACACAAACUGGAAGAGGGAUCAAAAGGCACAAAAGAGGAUCUGCUAAAGCCAGGAACAGAGUUGAUUGCUGCAGGUUUCACCAUGUAUGGUGCCUCUGCUCAACUAGUCAUCACCAUGAAGGGUGGUACUGUCAAUGGCUUCACGAUGGAUAGCGCCCUCGGAGAAUUUAUUCUCACACAUCCGGAUAUGAAGAUUCCAAAGUCCCGAUCCAUAUACUCUGUCAAUGAGGGAAAUUCGUUGUACUGGGAAGAUCCGGUGAAGGAGUAUUUCAACUCCUUGAAAUUCCCAACCACUGAAGGAGGCAAACCAUACUCUGCUAGAUAUAUCGGUAGCAUGGUUGCUGACGCCUAUCGAACAUUGUUAUACGGGGGUAUUUUCGCAUAUCCCGCAGACAAGAAGAGUCCUAAAGGUAAACUGCGAAUCCUCUACGAAUGUGCACCUAUGGCAAUGGUCUUCGAGAAUGGUAAGCGAACUUCCCUUAUCAUUACCGCCAAGAACUAACUAAAAUGUUUUAGCUGGUGGCCAAGCACUCGACAGCAAAAUGAACCGAAUGAUGGAGGUUGUACCCGACGGAAUUCAUGACAGAUCGGGUAUAUUUAUGGGUAGUUAUGAUGAAAUUGAGAAGGUUAAGAACUUCCACAAGUAAGCGGAUGAACAUGAUUCAUGGAGUUUACAAAUUUUGUAUUCAUAGUUUGUCUUUUUCUUUUGCAUAUGAGAUGGCGCACCAAGGGUGACGAUACCUUUGAGCAUAGAGGAAAUUGAAGGAUAGUCCCAACAGUUAACGACUUGGGUUGAUCUACAACAAUGGGAAUAAAGA